AUGUCCGCACAAGCCUACUCAUACAGCGGCCCCGUGGAUUGCAGCGUUGCGCCAGACAAAAGUCAAUGCAGAGCAAAGAGUGUUGUCGUUACUGGUGGUGCUGCUGGUAUUGGGGAAGCCUACGUGAGGGGUUUUGUUGAGGCUGGAGCAUUCGUGACGUUCUGCGACAUCAACGAAGAAAAGGGUAGACAACUGGAAGACGAGUUAUCUUCGGAGAAAACAGUAUUCGUCAAAUGCGACACAAGGUCUUGGGAAGACCAAGUGCGCCUCUUCGAGACUGCCAUCUUGAUGUCUCCUCACAAGAGCGUUGACAUCGUCAUUGCAAACGCAGGAGUUGGAAGAGGGUCGGGAGAUCCCCUGAUGCCCUUGGAAGAUCCUUUCGCAAAGCCAACGAAACCCAGUAUGCACAUUAUCGACAUAAAUCUCAUUGGUGUCAUGUACACUUUCAAACUUGCAGUACAUUACUUCCGCAGAAGUCCCCUACAAGCCCAAAGAGACCGUUGCUUCAUUUUCGGUGGUAGCCUUGUUGGUUAUGUCGAUAAUUUGAGUAGCUGGGAAUACUCCGCUGCAAAAUUCGGUCUCAGAGUGGAUGGACAGCAGCCAUUUCUGCUUGCUGCCUGUGGUCCCGUCAUUAGCUCGUUCAAUCUCAAAGAUGGCUCACUUUUGGAUCAAUGGCCACGUUCGAAGGGGGCAGACGCACAGGAUGAAGACGCCGGCACGGCUGAUGGCGACGAGGGUCCGCCGGCCAAACGGCGCCGAAUGGAAGACGACGGCCCGGCCGAGCCAGCGCGGGAGGACAUAGAGGAGUCGAUUGAGAUCAUCUCUGACCGUAAGAGGGGAGAACGACGGAAGGCAAAGGUGGAGGACUCGAAGCUACCAAACGUGACGCAUGUCAUUGUGACCAGCAAUGCGGCCACAGUCAUUACUGUGACGGCCGAGGACAAGUCAAUAAAUGUGUUCAGUGUCGGUACUACCGGCGUUCUGAAUCUGCAAGGCCAGAGGUCCAUGCCGAAACGCAUAUGUGCAAUAGUCUUGACUCCAGAUGAGAAGAACAUUCUAGUUGGUGACAAGUUUGGAGAUGUCUAUUUGCUACCUCUACAUCCAAGCGGUGACUGGGUACCUCGGAAGCUGGACAAAGACGGACAGGACACACUCUACACUCCUUCAGCCACCGAAUUAACAGUUCAUACUAAGGGCAAUUUGGAAGCCCUGAAACAGCAACGUGAAAGGAAGAUAUCUCAACCUAAGAAGGAAGGCCCGAAUUUUGAGUUGAAACUGCUGCUGGGCCAUGUCUCGCUGUUGACAGACGUCGCCAUUGCCGAAGUCCAGGACGGACUCAAACGCAAGCAGUAUAUCUUGACCGCCGACCGGGAUGAGCAUAUCAGGAUUUCCCGAGGUACUUCUCAAGCUCAUGUCAUCGAAGUUUAUUGCUUGGGCCAUCGCGAGUUCGUCACUAAGCUAUGUAUCCCACCUUGGAAUGCCGAAUUUCUUGUUGCGGGAAGCGGUGAACCUUCUUUGAAAGUAUAUCGUUGGCGAACGGGACACUUGAUCGAUGAAGAACUCUUCGCGGGAGAUGUGCGGCAAGACAUCAGCAGGCUGUUAGAUGUCAACGGCGGCGAGCGUUCGUUAGAUCGACUAGCUGUCUCCAAUAUCUGGCCUGUACAUUAUACUGUGGGUGGAAAGUCGCCAUACUCCCGUCAUCCGCCGCAUCUGCUACUCGUGGCGAUAGAAGGCCUUCCGAUUCUUCUAAGCUACAGUCUCAACGACGAAGGCCAGCUACGGCAUCAUCAGACAGUGGUAUUAGGCGGAAAUGCUUUGGACGUUGCGAUUGGGCCGGCGUUGUGGGAGAUCGUGGUCAGUAUUGAUACGGUGCAUAAGCCUGGUUCAAUUAAAGAUGUCCGGCCCGAAGCAACACCUGAGUCAAGUUUCUUCGAGACGUUCGAACUAUUUUCAGACGUGUCUGAGACCACCAAUGGUGAAGCUCAGCCUGAAGAAGGACGGGAAGCAGCACUGCGAUGGGAAAGGUCAAGCCUUGCCAUGCUUUUGAACAAUGCAGUGCCAGGUAUCGAGAGCGUGGAUUUGGUAGAGGGAGAUUCAUCACACAGCAAAAGUACAAACAGUGCAUUAGGGGAACAGCUCUACAGCUUGGAGAAUUUGAGGAAGAGGAAGGGUCAGUCGGCCGUGGACGCUGAAGACGAAGACGUUGAGGAGAUCACACCUGCCCCUGCGUGAACUUCGAGCUGCUAGCAAUAUUACUGAAGAGGCCAUUGUUCCUCAAUGCAAAUUGGUUUCGUCCACCACCGA